AUGGAUAAGAAGUCGCUCAAGGACUUGCUUUCGAGCAAUAUCAACAAAGAGGAGCUGAGCUCAUCUUCAGAUGAAGACGAAGACCUUUUGUUUGAUGAGCUGAAUGCUCAAACUGGCGAGAGCUCGGUUGACUUCGAUAAAUUUUGCAUAGAAUGCACAGACAUGCCCAUUGAAUUAUUGUGUGAACCAUGUGACGAGAAGUUUUGUAAAGUUUGUUGGGAAGUGGUCCAUAGAUCAGGAAAGAGAAAGGACCACAAAACCGUAGAUUUAAAGACCGAAGGGGACCCAUCGCAGCUGAAUGGCAAGGUGAGAGAGAAUGAGUCGAAGAAGAGCAUGGCGAAUGGAGAAAGUCACCAUGAAUCCACUGAGCUUACUCUUGAUGAUUCCGAUAUUGAAUCUUCUGGAUCUUCAUCCGGUUCAGAAACCUUGGCCGCUCUCAGAUCGUCAAUUACCUAUAUCCCUUUGCGAUUGACCCACGAGGAACGUAGGUUGCUUCGUCUUCUUGAAGCUGCUCUAAACGUUUCUGAGUAUACCGACAAAAUCGAUAUAAUAUCGUAUAAAUCCAAAUCUAAACGUAUUAUUGCAGAAAUCAAAGAGAUAUGUUCGAUAUUGGCAGGUUUGGUUGUUGCUCAAGACUUCAAAAUUGGCCAGAAGUUUGUAGAAGACAAGAACUUCAGCGAUAACGCUGAAUGGUAUAAGAACAUUUUCGAAAUAGGCCGCAGGUAUAAAGUAAUGAACCCAGAAAAGAUGAGAGACUCGUUUGGGAAGCUCUGCUUUAUGAUCAUGGACUCGAGGUACCCAGAAGUAAAGGACCAGUUGGAGUUUGAUUUAUAUAAACCAAUGAAGACCAUCGAACUGUUCUUAUUAGAAAGAGAUCCGCAAUUGUUGGAGAAACUUUUCAGCAACGACUUGGUCUUGACCGCAACUGCUGAAAUUGUAGUAUCUGAGGGUAAAUCAAGAUUUCAAUUGAAUAGAGAAAAGAAAAUGAAGGACAUGGCCAUUGAGAGAUUGGCCAACAAGUACCACUCGGUAAAGUUGACUAAAGAAGAAAUUCGUCAACUCCUUUAUUCCAUAGGAGAUUUCCAUUCAUAUAUCAAUUUCAACAGAUCCCCUAUAAAUCGUAUAUUAAACCACUUGGAAUCCAAUUUCCUGCCUCAACAGGAACUGAGUCAAUUUUCACUAGGAAUUCACAUUGGUAAAGGUGGUGCAAGGUUAUCACACAACCAUGAAACUCAAUACUAUUUCUGUCAUCAAUCGCUCACAAUGUGGUCAAUUAUUCAAAGAGAUUUUAUAAAACUUUGGAAAAUUGCCGAUGAAGACCUUUUAUCCAAAGUUAACUAUAAAUUGGCAGACACCGGACAAGGUUUGCAAAGAAUCAAGGCAGCGCCACAAACCCAGAGAUGGAUGUAUAAGAUUAUCCUGGAAGUGCAAAGAAAGACUCCAGUGUCAUUCAUUGGAUCGCUGGCUGUUCAUAUUGCUGAUACUGCAGUACCUCUGGCUCUCAAUUUCUUGGAUAAAUAUAUCCAAGUACCACGUAUCUUGAUUCCGGUUGACAGAUGUUUGAACAUGAUUGACGAAAUCGCCAAAGAUUCUUUCAUGAGAUCCUCUAUUGAAAACGAAUUUGGUGGCUGUUCGGAAUUGAAGUUGGUUAUUUUGGCCGAUUUUUUUAGACAUGCAUUCAAUGGAAGUGGUGGGCAGGAUUACUUUAAUGCAGGCUCAUGCAUCGAUGGAAGAUUGACCAGUGCAUGGAAUUGGGCAAAUUUAAUUAGCAAAAAGAGCUACUAUAAGUACUUCCUAUUGAGUGGAUUUGUUGGGUUUAAUGGAAGCGAUGGCUGGUAA